CUAGGUACGGGAUCAGACCUAUCCCUCUACUUGACUCAAGAAUGGUGUCACACCUGCGUCGAAAACCAUCCAAACUGCAGGGUGGCUGAACCUCGAUUGCCUACGAGAGUCAUCGACGUUCGCUCAUCUGGGGACUUGCGGAACCCGGUCAUGAUCGAACCACCAAAGAGUGCCAAUAUUGCAGAGUAUAUCACUCUAAGCCAUUGCUGGGGAGGCGCAACGGCACUAGCAGCCAAGGUCGCCGACACUCCUGGGCUUUGGAAUUUGCCUUCACUGUCGGAAUGGCAUCCUACUUCCGGAGACACAGUCAAAGUUUGUCGUGCCUUCGGAAUCCGGUACCUCUGGAUUGACGCACCGUGCAUACUGCAAGGAAACGAAAAG